ACAUGCUGGACGUCAAUCAGAUUAUGAAGGACUUGGCCAGCAUGGUACAUGAACAAGGAGACACCAUAGACAGCAUUGAAGACUACAUUCAGACCACCUCAUCACACGUGGAAUCAGCCAAUCAGGAGCUUGCAAAAGCCAGUCAUUAUCAGAGCCAGCUGAGGAGGAGGAAAUGUUAUCUGCUAAUCGCUGGAGUGCUGCUUCUUACUUUGCUUAUCAUCAUUAUUGCAGUCUCAGCCAGAAAAUGAGAGCAAGACCACAGAGAUCUCUGUUUCUCUGCUGUGAUCUCUCCUCGACUUCCCAGCAAAAUAGAGUCUGUAAAUGGAGGCCCACCUGUGCUCACUCCCUUUCUUCUUAUCUCUGUCUAUACUUCUGUCAGAUUAUGUGUUUGUUUGUUUUUUGUGUAUGCAUGUAUGGAAAUGUGUGUGUGUGUGUGUGUGUGUGUGUGUGAAU